UCUCUCUCUCUCGCUCUCUCUCUCUCUCUCUCUCUCGCUCUCUCUCUCUCUCUCUCUCUUCCUGUAUACAAAUCUCCUCAACUGGUUGGGUGCUUGUCUCUCCUUGUAUGCUGGGGUUGAAAUCAAGAAAGCUGUAGUACUAGUGGGGAAACUCUACAGGAAUCCAGCUCUGUAGCCGUAGCACAACUGAAACGCUAAAUCAUGUCUAAUGGAGUGCAAGAGCGGCUACUUGAAUCAGAUAUAGAAGAAGUAGGUGAUUUGAAGAGGAGGGUUUGGGAUGAAUCCAAAAGGAUAUGGAGGGUAGCAUUGCCAGGCAUUUUAGCCAGAGUGGCUAGCUUUGGAACUAUCGUGGUGACACAAUCAUUUGUUGGACACAUAAGUAACUUAGAUCUUGCUGGUUAUGCACUUGUACAGACCCUUGGUGUGCGGUUUGUAAAUGGUAUACUUUUAGGGAUGUCGAGUGCAACUGAAACCCUUUGUGGGCAAGCAUUUGGAGCAGGGCAACACCACAUGUUGGGUAUUUACUUACAGAGAUCAUGGAUUGUUGACUUCAUUACUUUAACUAUCUUGCUCCCAUUUUUCAUUUUUGCCACAUCCAUCUUUAAGCUACUUGGUGAGGAAGAUUCUAUAGCUAGCUCAGCUGGGUAUAUCUCGUUGUGGUUCAUUCCCUUUUGCUACAAUUUUGUUUUUAGCUUGACCAUCCAGAUGUAUCUACAAGCACAGUUGAAGAACAUGGUAAUUGCAUGGUUAUCCAUUUCCCAAAUGGCGAUCCAUGUUCCCUUAUCCUGGCUUUUUGUGUACAAACUAAACUGGGGCAUUGAUGGUGCAAUGGCUGCAUUGUGCAUAUCUUCUUGGUACCUGGUAUUUGGAGAGUUCAUUUAUAUCUUUGGUGGUCGGUGCCCCAACACAUGGAAAGGUUUCACAAAAGCAGCCUUCAAGGAUCUAUGGCCUGUGGUAAAGCUUUCAAUAUCCUCUGGUGUGAUGGUUUGCUUAGAGUUAUGGUACAAUGCUGUUUUAGUCUUACUGGCGGGCUAUAUGAAAAAUGCAGAGGUUUCUAUAUCUGCUUUCUCCAUUUGCCUCAAUAUCAACGGAUGGGAAUUUAUGAUAAGCCUUGGCUUCCUAGGUGCUGCAUGUGUGCGGGUUGCAAAUGAAUUAGGGAAGGGGGAUGCUAAAGCUACAAAAUUUUCAAUCAAAGUCUUGUUGAGUACUUCAGUCAUAAUAGGCCUAUUCUUCUGGAUUUUGUGCUUAGCCUUUGGUAAUAAAAUUGGAUACUUGUUUACAACCGAUAAGGAAGUGGCAGAUACUGUCUCAGACCUUUCCCUCCUCCUUGCUUUCUCAAUGUUGCUCAAUAGCGUUUAUCCAGUACUCUCAGGGGUGGCAGUAGGGGCGGGUCUGCAAAGUACGGUUGCGAUUGUCAAUCUUUGUUGCUUUUAUGUGAUUGGAAUUCCCAUUGGAGCUUUGCUCGGAUACUUGACUAAUCUUCAAGUAAAGGGCAUAUGGAUUGGGAUGAUCUGUGGGGUGAUAACCCAGUCGCUUACGCUUUGCUUUCUGACAUGGAGAACUAAUUGGGAUGAACAGGUGGCCAAAGCUUCGGAACGGCUUGGUAAAUUUUACCUUAAAUCCUCUGAGGAAUCGAACCACAGUUUCAUUCAUGUUUGAGAUCGAAGAACUGGAGGUUGAUCAGAAAUUUCUAAUUCUUGCCACAAAUUUUGUUUUUGAUUUGUAUGACUAUGAUUAUUUCUUGUUUGCUUGUCGAUUUUAAUAAAGGGGUCGCUAACACUGCAAAUUUUAGUUAUUCUUAUAAUUUCAUGUCACUAUUAUGUUUUUAUCAUUCUAUUCUAUUGAAUCAAAUGUGUUAAGUUCUAUUUUACUUUCCCUUGAAGUACUUUGG